AUAUACAAUUUUCUUUUCAAGCAGACAGAUAAAUCUACACACGUUUCUAGUUUUAUGACCCCUCUCAGAUUAUAUGAUAAAUACGUUAGCAAAGAGGUGUUAAUCUGAUUAAUUCCAUGAAAUCUAUUCGCGAUCUUUGGAAUUUAUAGUGUUCUGUCGAUUGUUGAGAUACACGUCGAGCAAGAUGAAGGAGCACUUUCAGCAGAUGUUCGCUGGAACUUUUUACCAGCUUCUGGCAGCAAUAAGUGGUACCUUCAGCGCCAUCUCAGACGGUAUGCAGUACGGUUGGUCAGCCCCUUUGAUACCAGUGCUACAAGCUCCAGACAGUCCCAUCAAAAUCACAGACACCGACGUCUACUGGCUUGAAACCAUCUACCUAAUAGGUGGCGUUGCCGGUCUUCCUGUUACCAUCUACUUCGUCGACAAGAUAGGCAGACAGAAAUCACUGAUCAUAGCCGCUUCCAACAGCUUAACAGCUUGGAUCUUGAUCGUCAUUGCUGAUAGGGUGGAGUACCUCUAUGUAGCCAGGUUUUUGACAGGUCUAGCGAUGGAUGUAGCCUUUGUUUCUGCGCCCAUGUACGUAGCUGAGAUAGCGGACCAGAAGAUCAGAGGUUUUCUGGCCAGCUUAAUAUUUCUGAUGAUGCUCAGUGGUAUCAUUAUAAUUUACGUACUAGCACCUUUCUUUAAGUUAUGGGUAUCAUCUGUGGUAGGAGCCAUUAUACUAAUUACUCAACUGGCAACCUUCCCCUUCAUGCCAGAGUCUCCUUACUUCCUCCUCCUCAAAGGCAAGAAAGAGAAGGCUCGAAAAGCUCUUUGCUUCCUCAGAGAUAAGACAAACGUCGAAGAUGAGCUAAAGGAGAUCGAGAUGGCUAUAGAGCGUCAAAAAACAGAAAAAGGCAGACCUCAAGACCUCGUUCUGAUCAGCAGCAAUAGAAAAGCUUUGACCAUCAUGAUGGUGUUGAAUGCUGCGCAACAAUUCAGCUGCAUGAGUGUCAUCUUGAUGAACCUCCACUUCAUUCUGGAGUCAGCAGGUACAAUCUACAUGGACUCCAAAGUUGCGGCAAUCAUCUUUUCAGUUCUCAUGUUCUUGGCAGCAGCUGUGGCUUCAUUUUUUAUCGAUCAUUAUGGCAGGAAGAUAUUAUUGAUUUCCUCUAGUAUAUUGACGAGUAUUUCACUCUUCGCUCUGGCUGUCUAUUUCCACCUGCAGCAUCUUCAAUAUGAUGUGCUUGGAGUCAGCUGGUUACCAAUAGCAAGCGUGAUGAUAUACGCACUUGUCUUCAAAUUUGGUCUAGGAAUGGUACCUAUAGUACUCACUGCUGAAAUUUUCCCAACACAAGUGAAGGCCAUGGGAAUGACUGUAGCAGAUGCAACCUAUGUUAUUUUUGGUGUGAUAACCAUUUCUCUCUUCCAGUAUUUGUUGAAGCUGUAUGGUAUGCAUGUUCCUUUUUAUAUAUUCGCGGCACUCUGCUUUGCAACCGCCAUCUUUAGUUACUGUUAUAUACCAGAAACUAAAGGAAAAACCCUGGAAGAAAUACAGAUGAUUCUGAAGGGAAUACACCCAGAAAAUAACAAUAAAUCUUUAGACACACCCAGCUGAUGUUCAGUAUUUUAAGCAAUGAUGGAAAUAUGUUCCAACUCUACUAUCAUGCCAUGUAUAGCACAGUUUGUAUGAAAACUGAUUUGUGUAUAGAAGUUUCACUGUAUAUAUUAAAAAAAUCGUUUUCUAAAAUUCAA